AUGCGUGCAUCCGAAUCCAAAAUGGCGUCCAAAGGAAAGGGUGUAUGGAUAUGGUCGCCUACAUGACAUUCCAUCUCAAGAAAUGUCCCGUCUUGCAGAUUAUUUUGUCGUUUGUGGAAUAGACAGGGACUCAAAGAAUGAAGAAGUUAAAGGGAAGGUGAUACAACGGUUUCCAAGUAAAGACCGCAAAGAUGCAACGUUUCCAGAAGGACUCGAACUGUUUUGCCAACCUGGAGGAUGGAAUUAUUCCUACUACUACAAACCACCGACAUUCUUUGUUGCUGUUCUCACCGACAUGGAAGGAGAACACCGAUACUGUGCUUGCUUCACAUUCUAUGAAAAAUGCAUUCCAACUAAGUCCAAAUCUAGAGCAGUAAAGUCAACAAGCCGGGAGGGAUUUAAAGAUGGCAGCCAGUCAGACUCGUCACUUUCAGACAAAAGAUUUUCUGACGACAUUCCUGGAAUCUCUGUGAAUUCUGAAGAGUUAUCAGUGGACAUGUUUGCCCCAAAAUGCUUGUGUCUUGUAUCAAGAGCAAGUUAUUUUGACAUCUUAAAGAGCUGCCUGACAACCAUCUAUUGGUCAUUCCUGUCUGGAAACAGCAAAUCCUUGGAAGGACUGGUCGGCUGUGUCUUGGGCUUUGUUCAGGUGCCACCGCCUGGUGGACCAAGGAUGACAUUUUCCAUGGGUGCAGGCGAUCGUCAGACUCUCUCGCCUCCUGCUUCUGAGACUCUUCCAGUGACUGGGAAAUCAGUUUCCAUCUUGUUUAACCAGUUGGGAAUCCACAACAUGUUGUCUCUGUUUAGUGCUGCGCUGACAGAAAACAAAAUCCUGUUUUACUCAAGCAGCUACUCUCAGUUAACCCAUGCCACACAGUCCAUGUUAGCAUUGAUGUAUCCUCUGAAGUUCAGUUAUGUGUUCAUCCCGAUACUACCAUCAGCAUUACUUGAAUUCUUAAGUGCACCUACACCAUACAUCAUGGGGGUGCAUGAAAGCUACAAAGAUACCUUGGCACCUGAUUUGGCUGAUGUAAUCCUUGUGGAUAUUGAUGGAGGACAUCUUUCUAUUCCUGACUCCAUAAACCUUCCCUAUUUGCCUGAACCCUUCCUGAGUAGAGCAAGGCAUGAACUAACCUUGGUGUUACAUCCUCAACUCGUGACAGCUGAUCAUGCCUUCCAGUCGCCAACGUCACCAUCUCUCCCAGUCCUUCAGGACAAGGAACUUCGUGCAGUGUUUAUCAGGUUGCUUGCCCAGUUGUUAUCUGGUUAUCGAUCAUGUCUAAGAUUGAUUAGAAUUCAUCCCAAACCAGUCAUAACAUUUAACAAGGUUUCUUUCCUGGAGUUCAGGGGUAUGGUUGGAGAUGCAUUCCUCUCUAAGGUCUUGGAGAGCAUUUCAUUUCUGUCAUUUGUGGCUAAUAGAGGUCCUCCAUACAGAACUUGUGACCUCUUUGACCAGCUGUGUGUUGAGAUUGACAGCAUUCUGAUCAAUGAAGGAGGCAAUGAUGCUGAAGUACAAGCCAACAUUCAACAACUUGCACAAAAGCUGUAUGAUAAUGAACCUUCAUGCGAUGCUGCAGAAAACAAUGCUCAGCCUGUGGUUUCUCCAGAAGAGGCUGAAUUGUACAGUAAGAUGGUCUUUCCCACGCUGAAGGAGACAGAUAUAAGCCGUUAUAUCAACCAGCAGGAAAAUAUGGCAUCAGAUUACACAGUCAACCGUGCUGGACCCUGUGUUGUGCCAUCAAAUCCUAUGUCCAGCCGACAGCAGCAUUACAUGUAUAUUCCAAGUCGGAAACUUGAGGUGUUGAGGGACUGUGUGGAUUACAUCUUUGAAAACAAGAUAUCUGAGGCUAGAAAGACUCUUCCAUCAGUGGUUAGAGCACUAAAGUCCAAAGGAGCCCAGUUAGCUCUUUGUCAUGAGCUAUCUCUCAGAGCUAAACAACACAGAUCAGUCCUGGAGCAUGACCAGUUUGACUUGGUCGUCAGACUCUUGAACAGUGCUUUACAGGAUGAUGCGAGUAUGAGUAAUACAGCUGUAGCUGCAGCAUUGUUACCUCUAACUGCAACUUUCUGCAGAAAACUGAAUGCUGGUGUUAUCCAAUUUGCUUACACUUGUGUUCAGGACCACCCAGUCUGGGAAAGACAACAGUUUUGGGAGGAGGCCUUUUACGCUGAUGUUGAGUCUCAGAUCCAGCAACUCUAUGUGGAUGAAGAAGCACCAAAGGCAAAUGCAGAAGAGACUCUGGACGGAAAGGAGCAGCGAACAUCUCGUAGCAGCUUGACGCCAGUAACAAAACAUCGCAGCUUCACAAAGAGUAGAGAUAACCUUUCCUUAUCACCGAGAGACUCCGGGAGUUCAGGUGAUGUUGAGCAGUCAUCUCAAGCAGUCCAAAAGCCAGUUCCUAGUGCAUUGAGCAUUGCUGCUAAGCAGCUCAAGAAAUGGCCCGAUUACAGCAAGGAAGAAAAAGACUCCUUGAUAAACAGUGAGGAGGGCAUUGUGUACAGUCAGGCAAUCCACUAUGCUAAUCGCAUGGUGUACAUGAGGAUCCCUUUGGAUGCUAGUGAGAAGAUGCCAGCUCCCACCCCUGCAGCGACAUUAGUGGAUGGCGAUGGUGACAGGUCUGUAAAUGGUACAUACACUGGAAGCAUAGUCAAUGGUGUGGCAGGGGGAAGCAGUGAAGUCGGCAGCUGUAUUACAGAUAAUGGAGGCUGGGAAAUUUAUAUGGAUGACGAAGAUGGAGGAACUAUUGCUGACCAAGUAACAAGAUUUGUCAGUCGGUUUGUGGAUCGUGUUGGCACAGAGGCAGGGAUUAGUCAGGAACACCUCAAGUCUCUUUAUACCAUGAUUCCAGGAGUGGUUGCCAUGCACAUUGAAUCAUUAGAGCCAGUUUAUCGUGAGUACAAGAAUCUGGCUCCUAUUCAAAAGGCCAAGAUCAUGAGACCAGCUCUGCUACAGGGGGAAGAGAUGCUCAGUGAUGGACUGCGUGCUUACCUCAUACCUGACGGCAGGGAGCUUGGGAGGGGAGGAGAGGAUCAGGGUGGACCUUGCCUGCUACCCGCAGAUGGAGCUGUGUUCUUGACGAACUACAGAGUGAUUUUCAAGGGCACUCCUGUAGAUCCAUUUGCAUCAGAGAUGAUCGUGACAAGAAGUUUCCCUGUGGGAUCACUUAUCAAAGAAAAGAAGAUUGGAGUUCAAUAUCUACAGCACCUGGAACAGUGGCUUCAUGAAUGUAUUCAGCUCCGAUCAAGUACUUUCCAGAUGUUAAAACUGGUUUUUGACGAGGAGGUCGACCAAGAAUCCAUUGAGACUUUUCGAAAGAAACUCCAGAAAAGACAUGCACCAAACACAGUAUUUGGUACUUUUGCUUUUUGUGGCAAAGGCAUUGCAAGGACACCAACUUUUGUCAUUCAAAAACACAUGGAGAGACAAGGAACUCUCAAAAAAACGAAGAAGAAAAUUGUAUCUGCAUCGAGGCACAAGGCUAGUAGCAUUGCGCACAUUAGGGGAUCAAUUCGCAAAAGAAGGCACCGGCACAAUUUAUCAGAUGCAAGUAGUUUAGACCAGCAGAGAUCACCCAGUGGUUCACUUACCACUGAUGAUGAUGAUUCUGUUCAGGAUAUAAAUGACAUUUCCCUUAAAGUUGAGCCUGUUGUUGUACAUGGUGCAGAAAGGCUCAGCAAGUUGUCCUACUGUGGCGACUAUUCACGUCUCAAACUCGGCAACAUUGCCAAGGACUCUUCAAUAGGUCCAUGGAGAAUAUGCAUGGUCAAUGUCACAUACACAGCAUGUCGAAGUUACCCUUCUGUGGUUGUGGUUCCACAAAGUAUUUCAGAUGACAGCAUUCUCAGAAUAGCAAAAAAUCACCGCCAGGGAAGGUUCCCUGUGGCCGUGUGGAGGCACCAGCGCAACAAAGCGACACUGCUCAGGGCUGGCAGCAUUGAAAGAAGUACAAUUGGAUCAAUCAUGCGACAGCACAAAACAGUAGGAGGCACCAGUGUAGCAAGUCAUGCGAUCUCUUCAUCUGCAUCUGUUGAGCAGGAGAAAUACUUGGCUGCUGUUGUGGCAGCGACACCUCAAGGCAAAAACAAGCAAAUUGCACGUGCCAACUCACUGCAUCUUGGGGUGAUACUUAGAGAUGGCUAUUUUGCAGAUGAUGUUGAUUCUGGCCAGCUUGUAGACAGAACUAUCAUGAAGAAAGGCUGGGAGCCGGCGGCACUGUACAUCUUUGGUGACAAGACCUUAUUAAGGCAUGUUAAACAGGAGGCGUACCCCAAAUGUGAGUUUGUUCCAAUUGAGCUUCCAGAUAUCCGAGCGGUAAGAGCAAGUUUCAAGAAGUUUCAGCGUGCCACCUGUCCCAGUACAGAGACAAACUUGAGCUUUAUUCAGCAAGUAGAAGAAUCAGAGUGGCUUCAACAGUUAUCAGCGAUCAUGACUGUUGCAAACUGUUUGGUUGACCUUAUUGAUAUUCAAGGCUCAUCUGUACUGGUCUGCUUUGAAGAUGGCUGGGACACUACACCACAGGUGCUGUCUCUAGCAGAGAUCAUGCUUGAUCCUCACUACCGAACCAUUGAUGGCUUCAAACUGUUGAUUGAAAAGGAAUGGCUCUCCUUUGGGCACAGGUUCACACACCGUGGCUGUCAAAUCGCUUCAGCACAGGCCGGUUUCACGCCAAUCUUCUUACAGUUUCUGGACUGUGUACAUCAGAUUAUGCUCCAGUUCCCCCUGUCCUUUGAAUUCAAUGAUCACUUUCUGAGCACCAUCGCGUACCAUCAUGUGUCCAUGAGGUUUCGCACUUUUCUGUUGGACUCAGAGCAUGAAAGAUCAGAGUCUGGCUGGAUGGCAGAGGAGGAUCACAAACCAAGAGGAAAAUCACUGUGGGACUACAUGGAUUUACAGAAGAGCAAGUCGCCUCUUUACAAUAACUUCCUGUUUUCACCAAACCAGCACAAGGUUUUGAGGCCAUUCUGCAAAGUGCCCAAUCUGAAAGUGUGGAAGUACUUUACAACAGAGAAUCUGUCAACAGGCCCAACUUAUGACCUUGAGCUUAUCAAUGAUGUCACAACAACAACCGAAAAUGAGCAAAGUGUUGAUGGAAAACAGGAAACCUAUGGAAGCUGCAUGACAGGUUGCUAUGGUGAUGUGACACAGUUUAACAAUGAUGAGUGCUCAUGGCUCCUGCAAGAGCUGUAUAGAUUGGAAGAGGAGGCUGAUCAGAAACCCAAGAAAUGGGAACAACACUGGCACAAGCUCUCAUACCCCUCCACAAAGAGAACACAUUUUCCUGUCAACACCAGGUGGUUCAGUAGUCAGCGACUGAUGCUUCACAAGAGAAGCACAAUGGAGGUUAUUCUUAAGGGCAAGCUUCAGGUGGAGGAACGUGGAGCCCAAGGCUUCUCCCAGCCACACAACUUUGUCCCGCACUUGUUUGUUCCUCCGUCAAAUUGUGACCAUUGUUAUCAGAUGAUCAUUGGGAUUUUAAACAGAGGCGCGAAGUGCACAGAGUGUGGUUACAACUGCCAUGAACGAUGCCAGCCCCAGGUCCCUUGGCAGUGUAAGAAGCGUGAACUUCCUGAGCAGCCUGGAUCUGGUGUAACCAAGAGUACCUUGAGCCUGCCAAGCGAGACUGACGCUGGACACACGAAGAAGCUCCAUUGUGGCCAUCUUUACAAGAGAGGGCAUCUUUUACGUCAGUGGAAGGCCAGAUGGUUUGUUCUGGACACGCAAAGAAAUCAGCUCCGGUACUAUGAUGGAGAACAUGACGAACACUUGCAGGGCUACGUCGACCUUGGAGAGAUGAUCGCAGUUCAGGCUCUCAACAACGUUCCGCCCGGUGCACCUAAAGGUUCAGAGAAAGGAGCAUUUUUUGAUCUUCGAACAACAAAGCGGGUCUACAAUCUCAUGUGUCAAAGUCGCCGUGAAGCCGAAGUGUGGGUGGAAAAGCUGCAGAACAUGAAUGUGUAAAAAUGUCCAGUUAUUAAUGGCUACCAAUGCUGCAAAUAUUUCUUUAUUCGAUCUCCAAAAUGAAGUAUCUACUCACAUCGAUUGACAGCCAAGAUACAGAUGAACGACAGUUGAAGAAAUUUGCAAGAGAACAUUGAGUGGUAAAGCAAUAGAAAACAGUUACCACGACAAGUUAGCAGAAUUUUAAAUUAAAAAUUAGUGGCGUUUAAACUUCCUUUUUUCAUUAUUUGAAGUAGAACUGUUCUAGAUGCCUCACCCACCUCUCUCCCAAGAGACAUAGUGAUGACGUAGCUCUUCAGAUAUGUCUCCGUGAUUGGCUGUUAAUCGCGCGCGUAAUAUCGUAACUAAGCAACAACCCAUCACGUCAUCACUAUGGCCAGAAUGUCGCGGCUCGAAACUCGAAUGUCGGUAUCGGGCCCGUUUCUCGAAAGCCCCGAAAACUUUUCGGGCCGGCAAAGCCAUUUUUAUUUCAUCUGUAUUUAAAAACGAUAAGUGUAUACGCCUGCAACCUCUUGUAUGAAGGGAACCUCUAUUCAUUUUAAGAUUAUGCGAGUAAGACAGCUCUGCAAUCAUAAGGUUUGAGACUGUGCUAUCAUGGCUUUCCGGGUGCAAAAACCUUUAAGGACCUUCGAGAAAAGGGCCCCAGCUGGAGUGAAGAAUAAAGCUCCUGAAGAAAGAUGUCAGGUUUUUUUUUCCAUUAGCAGGCUGAAGGACGUCACAUGGGAACAUUCAGGGCAAGCAUAUUUGUUUUUAUCUUAAUUGUAAGUUGUACUUUUAUACAUUCGUCAGAAAUGAAAUGAAUUGUCAAUCUCCAUCAUUUUAUUAGUUAAUUUAUGCAGGCUGUAUUUUUCAUGUACACAGCUGUGUUUGUCUUCAUUUCAUUUUUGAUCUUGGUGUUCUCCUGUAGCAAUGACUAAUUUAAAAUUCAUUUUAAUCAGAUUACGUGCAAGAUGUACAGUUUUGUUGACAAUCAGAUAACAUUUUACUGGUGUAUUGUAUGUAAAGAUUGUUUUGGCAUUUUUCGUUCUUGUGCUUUCGAAACGUUUGACAUGCACAAUGUUGUGACUGCUUCGGGAAACACACUCCAUGAUAUUUUUGUGUUUUGAAUUCGUCUUCGAGAUUUCGAAAUGAAAUGUUUUGUUUGGUUUCGAGAUAAAUUUAAUACCACUGGUCGCAGUAUGGCUUAAACUGAUGACUGAGAGUACGUAGGUCAGAAAUAGAUUUUUUAGACUGUUAAUGUAGUUAAUGAAGCUUCAUAAAAUAUAAAUACCUAAUGAAUUUUUAAUGUUGUGAGAUAUUUUAACUCAGAUUACUUUAAGUUCAUUAUUUAUGCCAUUGUGGUAUGCCUUCCACUAGCCGCGAGCAAAUUCCAUUUUGUUUCUCUUGCGUGGUGGCAGAUUGCUAUCUAUGUCGUUACUUCAAUACCAAAGAGUUACAAAAUGCAGUUUGCUUGCUCUUAACUCUUUUCCUCGUAGCAAAAUCUUAGACACAAACCUUUUGUCAUGUAAUCGGUUCCAGCUUUCGAGUCUGUGGAUGAAUCCACAACGUGUGAGCAAAGUGGUCCAAGCUUUCAAGGAUGUGAAUGAAGCGUUACUGUGUUACCAUUCAACUAAGAGUAUUUGGGUUGCUUUUUCUCACCAACCGGUAAAAAGAUCUUCUUUGAUAAGUGUAGGAGGGAAAGGGUUAAAACUAGUAAUCAUAAUUUACUAGAAGAGUGUGUUCGAAAUGAAACAGCCUCCUUGCAUGCCUGAUUAUCCAUGUUAUCCUGUUGCAUAAUUUACUCUUAAUUAUAUUUAAAACUAACAUCGUUUCAACCAGUAAUUGGGUUCACAUGAGUAUGCCUUAUCUGUAACAGAAACCUUACCAAGCAGUAGGAUUUCAAAUCGCAGGCACUACGAGACUGCCAUCUCCAGAUAAAUGUUAUUAUUAUGUUAUUCGACAGCUGAUAAAUGGCUGUUGAUGGGGCUCAUUUCUUCAGCCCUGUUCCUCUUUGAAAAAUUCUUGGAGUUGUUUUUCCCUUGACUUGUAUUGGUCUACGGGUGACACUGAACGCUCUGAUAUGUGUAUGUAGAAAAAUUCAUUUGCUGCAAGUUUUUUAUAGUUUCAGACCUAUGCAGGAAUAAUUGUACUGAAAUAGUCGUUUUAGAUUUGAAUUUCUUCAGGAGAGUAGAAAGCUUCUCGACGGCAUGGCUUUCGAUUGCAUUGCAGAUGGUUCAUGUAAAAAAGAAUGGUAAAUUAUUUUUAUUUCUUGGGAGUAAUGUAUUUUGUAAACUAGCAAAUCUUUACUUUGCAUUAGUCAGAUUAAUAAAGCCUGUAAUAGUCUCACGUGCA